AUGUUUAGACCCCAAAGCGCGACGUCUCGCCAGGAAUCUGAGAUGGCGGCCAAGAGCCUCCGGGAGCUCCAAGCCGCUGGAAACUCUGCCGACCCGGUGCAGCGUCUCCGACUCCUCUGCCUUUCUCGCGGAGCCACGGGCAUCCUUGGUCUCGGGAGGCUAUUCAGGAGAAUGGACGAAGACGGCAACAAGAAAUUGAAUCUGGAGGAAUUUAUAUUAGGUUUGAGAGAAAUCGGCUUGGAAAUCACGGACGACGAGGCGAAGGAUAUGUUCCAAAAAUUUGAUACCGAUGGGAGCGGUAGCGUUAACAUGGACGAAUUUUUGGUACACAUUAGGCCACCACUACCUGAAUCAAGAAGGAAAGUGAUAGAAGAGGCUUUUCAAAAAAUGGAUAAAUCUGGAGAUGGAGAAAUAACAAUAGACGACUUGAAGAAUGUAUACAAUGUGAAAUCACAUCCAAGAUAUAUAUCUGGAGAAGAUUCAGAGGAGGCUAUUUUGAAGAAAUUUUUGGGAAAUUUCGAACAAGAUGCAACUAGAGAUGGAAUAGUAACUAAAGAAGAGUUUUUCAACUAUUAUUCAGCCAUAAGUGCCUCCAUAGAUAAUGACUGCUACUUCGACUUGAUGAUGAGACAGGCCUACAAAUUGUAAACUAUCACUGAAGUUUUGAAGACACAAAAUAAUCAAGCUUUUAAUAAAAUAAUAUCACUAAAAAUUGAAGUUAUAUUGUUAUUUAUUACAUUUUCUAUUUUGUUCAAGUGUGAUUUGUAAAUGUUAACUUUAAAUAAGUUUUAUCCACAUAUAUUUUUUAGACUAAGGUUUUUUGUUGUGAAUUUAAAUAAACAUUUACAGUGUUUA